UGUUUGCAACAAAAAACUAUUGAAAGGCAGCAAACGAGGUCGUACGAGCUGCCAAGACGAACAUCGCAGUGGUCGAUAAAAUGAGGUAACCACGCUAGGAAUGGUGAAGAAAAUGCAUAAAAUAGUAUUGGAUGACCGUGCGCGAGUUAGUGUACAUCGCAUAUUAACUGAAAAAUUUGGCGAUAAGGAAGUUGUGCAAGAUGGAUGCCGAGUUUUUUUUUGUGUUUUCUUUGUUAGAUCGGGUACUUCUAGGACUACCCUCGUACAUUCACAAUAAAAAUAUUAAAAUUGUCCGAAUAGGAUAAAUAGUGGGAAUCGUUGAAUAGUGAAUCGUAUCGAUGUUCCGUUACGAAUCAGAAUAGGUUUAUCGACGCUCAUUGUAUUAAUGAAACAGUUAGUGUUCAGCAUAGGUUAGAGGAGGUUAAACGCGAGUACAAAUAUGCAUCCGACUGGUAUAGUAGUCGUUCUUCUAACAUUAUUAUCCGCAAAUAAGGUAACACCGACAUGCAUGAGUUACGAGGAUUGCGUGAACGACACAGAGAAGGCGUCCGAGAAUUUCGUCAACUUCAUAAACGCUCAAUUCCAACGAUCCGGGAUGGCUGCAAGUGAACUGCUGCAGAUGGUCCAUGUGAAGAUUGCGGAUCUGAACAGGCGCAUUCGUAACGGACCGUUGGAGUGUCAAAACUAUCAGCUGAAGUCAAACGCCGUCGACAGAUUGGCGGACAUCUAUUUGAGCUGCGGACCGACACUGCUUGACCCUCAGUUCGUUGAUAAUGGGAAAUUGAUAAACGAACUUCUUCCGAAGCUGAAGGAAAACAAGUCCGAAAACAAGGAGAAGCUCUGCGAGGAACUGAUGCCAGCCAUGAACGGAUAUUGCGAUCGAGUAAAAACCAAUGCGGAUCUUGCCAUCAACUGCGACGCUGAAGAGAAAUUCAACGAGAUAUACAUUGAGGCUUGGCUGAAAUGCAUCAAUAUCAAAUAGAAAUUUUUCAUAUCAAUUCUAUUUA